AUGGCCGACGCGGGAAACAACCAGCAGCAGAAGGCUAAGUCCCUCCAGACUACCAAGACACCUGAGCCUCGUUUGGACCAACAACUCGCCAACGAUCAUGACAACGGCAACAACACCCCCAGCACUCCGGGUAUCUUUCCGGCUUUUGACUGGGAGGAUUUCGAAGCCCGAUACGAGAAGGCUCUCGCCGAUGCAGACGAUAAAGAGCGCGAGCUUUUGCUCGAAUUCGACGGUCUUGUCAAGUACUUCAACGUCUGGGCAUCCACUUCCAGCGCCCAUGACAAUGAGCGCGCAGUUAAGCGCCUUCAUACCAGACAGAGAUUUGUCAAUCUGGAGGAACAGAACAUGGCUCAGAAACAGGAGCACAUGACUGAGGUUCUCCGGGCCUUCCAAAGCGCCCUCGCCCUCUUAAGCAAGUCUUAA